AUCGCAUCCACGAUGCCGUGUCGCACUUCCACUGAGCCUCUCUCCGGCACGAGCCAAGACGAACAAAUCUACCUCUCUGCCCUGCUCAAGGCCAAGCUACAAGGCAUACCAUCCUUUCAUUUCCCCUCUCUCACACUGCCUGAUAUAAUUUGUCCAGCAGCCCGAGCGUCGCACAUCCCUAAUAUACCACCUGACAUCCAACUUCCCUUCUUCCUUCGCAACCGACAUCUUAUCGAGCAGUAUGGUGGAAAGCCGGCGAAGGAUGAGGUAAAGCAGAGUAUGGACAUAACCCGGGCCAUCUGGUUUUGGAGACUGGAUGAAGCACGACAGUUUGAGCGCUUCCACGAUACCAUGAGGUGGAAUACUGCCAUGUUCAUUGCAUUACUCACCCUUCAUGAUUUCCAGACCCGCUCCAGUCAUUACAAGGCCAUGCAUACGAGUAAGGAUGCGAUCAAGAAAAGCCAGCACAAUACAACUGUACCUCAGUUUAAAAAGAUUCGCAUCAACGUUGCAACCCACCGCUUCAUAAAACAGUAUCUUGCUGCUGUCCUAGAGCAUCACAACACGCCUCUGCUCUUCGAUGCUCGUGAAACCUUCGUCAAAACCUGGAAGAAUAGCCCCUGGGACCUGUACACCGGCUUCCGUGGCGCACAGAAGAAGUUACUGAAGAACCUCAUGAAGAAGCUGACCAAGGAUUGGGAGAAAGAACUCAAUAGUGCAGAGAGUAGUAUGGGGAAUGAAGAGUAUCGCAUCAGAGUAACCAAGUUCGCAGGGAGUCUGGUUCCGAGGAGAAGGGAACAGGAUAUCCCCACUGGCACACUACCAAGGCACGAAGAGAGUGGGUAUGUGUACGGGACUGAUAGUCCACCUUGUAUACCCCGCGAGAGCCGAGAGGCUGGGAGGAAUGAACUGCUCGACGCUCUUCGUGUCCCGUUUAUACCACAAACUAAGGAGAGGACAAAAGACCAGAGGAACGAGACCUGUGAGCUCGAGGAGGGUGCGAACAUGGUCACAGAAUUGAGGAACGCAAUUGAGGCAUUACAGAUGAUGAGGCCGCAGGAUAUGCUGCCGGUACUGAUGCAUUUGUUUCCUGCCUCGGGGAUGGGACAAGCGGGUACUUAGAGAGAACACGACUUAUUAGGAGCUUAUAUUUCGGACGAUGAAUGAAGGAUCACA